AUGUGGGAGGUCGUCAAAGUAAUGUUGAAAGCCCAGGCGGCUGUGAAUGUCGAUAAAUAUACAGGGAAAAAUUCUCUGAGUGACUUCCUGAGGACCUUUGACAUCAAAUACCCACGGGAAUCCUGGAGUAACCGGGAGCGGCGCGACAUAUUGGUGACACUACUGGAUGGUCCGGCAAAGCUAAUGUAUAGCAAUUUACCCAAAGGGGUACAGAGAAGGAGCAUUCGAGGAUGUAGUAGAGGCGCUAGAAAAGUCCAGGCGGGACCCAUGCAGGAAGCUCAAGAAGGUAGAAGAAUCCACAGUGACAGUGACCGAGAUUUUCUUUUGGGCUCCAAACUGCAGGCUUGCCUAUCCGAGUGGGAAGAAUCCUACCACCUGUUAGCUGCCCUGGAAGCACCGUAUGGUUUAGUAUACCAAUCAGUGCGUAAGGCUGCAUUACGGCUUGAGCGAGCACGCGAGGCGAUGAGAAAAAGAGCGCAGUUACAAGGAACCCAAGCGAAGGAUCGCACUAGGUAUAAAGCUCAUGAUAAAUAUGAGAGCGAGGAAAAUGAAAAUAAAUCAAGCGGGAAAAACGGCCCAAUUAAGAAAACAAAAUGCUUUAAAUGCGGCGGCAUGGGGCAUUACGCAAGGAAUUGUCCGAGGCAUAAUGUUCAGGAGCAACCCCCGCAUACGGACGAUAGGCAAAAGCGGAAAUUAAACGAAAGGAAAAUUUCGGGAUCGUUUUCCGCUCAUUUAGAAAAGUGGUGUAGCGCAGUGACUAGCCAAGAUAGGAAGACGCAUAUGGGAAACCCCUUCCUCUGCAAGGUACACAUGCUAGGCAUGGUGGUCGAUGCUAUGAUUGAUACGGGAUCAGUGGUAUCAAUUGUCCCCCUUCGGCCUACUAUUGAAGGCAAAGGAGAAGAAGAUCGAUCUGGACAGCCUGGUAACCAUCAUGGGGGAUGGUAA